AUGCCGUCUCAAGAUCCGGCUCAUCAGCCCAUCGAGGUACGGCUGGAUGAUGAUGGGAACCCAGGCCACCUUGAUCCUCAACCAGACCUUCUGCUUAUCCAGGUGCACCACGUUGGUCUGGUCGGAGACCGUGGGGUUCCGGAUCGGGUCCAGUCCGCGGAUAAGAGGUUCCGGGACGGGGCCGAUCAAUCGGCGCCAGUGCCGUUCAACGACGGUCUCCCGGACGCUCUACCCGCUCUCACCUGCGUCCGCAUAGCUUUGAUCGAUGCCUGUGACCUCGAUAUUUUACGGCAGGUUGACGGUCCAAUGCUGCGUCGCUUCCUAUCGAUGUCGGCGCCAGUCUAUUUGGACAUCUGCAUCUAUCGUCCAGCACACUUCCACAGGUCCUCCAAGUAA